AGUGCUAUGAGUUGACAACAGAAGGGUGGGAUGCAACCGCCUGUCCCAGUCGACGUGGUUCGAGAGCUGGUGUGCUCCUGUUUGCACCGGGACCCAGUGGCCGCGGACCUCCGCUGCAGCCUGUUUGUGGCAGCAGCUCAGAACUACAAGAGGGACUCCCUGCUUAGACCCUUUCCCCCUCGGUACAUCAGUGGUGACAACAAGGACUUUGAGGAACUGUUGGCUGAUGUGAAAUCACUGCCUGGUGUGAGGGAGCUGGUGAGACUGCGACCUGGAGAAGGAGCUCACCAUUUAGCUCUUACACACUGGAUUCUCUCUUCAAAGAGUUUUGCUAUAAAAACACUGGAGAAAGAAGAGUAUGUGCAUCUGUGCAACCUGACAAAAAAUGAAGGAUUUUUGGGACCAGCACCAGACUUCCUGUUUGAGAUUGAAUACAACGACCAGCAAAAUGCCCGAUUCGAGAAGACUAGGGCAGGACGAGACACUUUCUAUGCAUUCCACGGGAGCCGUCUGGAAAACUUUCACUCUAUCAUUCACAACGGGCUACACUGUCACCUCAACAAGAACUCUGUGUUUGGAGAAGGCACCUACCUGACCAGUGACCUCAGCAUGGCAGUUCUGUACAGUCCACACAGCAGUGGGUGGAGAGAAAGUCUCUUGGGUUCUCUGCUCAGCUGCGUGGCCUUGUGUGAAGUCAUUGACCACCCUGAUGUCAAGUGUCAAGCCAAGAAAAAAGACUCAGAAAUCAUUGACCGUCAGAGAUCUAGAGCAAAGAACAGUGAAGGAGGAGACGUGCCCCAAAAAUACUUUGUCGUCACCAACAAUCAGCUUUUACGGAUCAAGUAUCUGCUGGUUUACUCUCAGAAGAGGCAUCUAUCGAGAAACUCCCAGAGCUCCUCAUGGCUGCUCAGACACCACUUUGCCGUCAUGAUGAGUCUAUAUAUUCUGCUGCUGCUCUUGAUUGGUGCCUUCAACUCCAACUCCUUUGUUUCUUUUUGGAAAAAAAUUUUCAGGUGACAAGACCUCAUGACACAUGUCCCAUAUAGUGCCUUCCUCAGACCGAGCUCUGAAACGUGUUGCGUGUUAUGUUUAUGCAUAAACAAAGUUAAACAAUUACCCAAUCUAUUGUUUAGAAAGUAAAUAUGUUUUAUACAGUAGCUAGGGCUGCCAAUUGUAUUUUCUUUUAAAAUCAUUUAUAAGAAAAUUAUUACUUUUACUUUAGUAACAAAAAGUGUAAUUUUCUUUUAAUAACCAAAGUAAGGAAGGUCACUCACACACUGAAGUCUUAG